AUGAGCAGGCCUCUCACAGCUGAUGAAGCACAUGUUCACAAGAUCAUUGGAUCAAAGGUAGGAUUGGAAGAGAUCGAGGGGAUAGAAGGUGUGUCCGUCAUUACCGGGAAUAUAAGGUGUUCUGUGGAAAAUUCUGUGGUUUACAAAAUAAAAGGGACUGAAUCUCUCCUUAUAUUUGGAAAACAAGAGAACCCGAUAGACUUUGGUAAGCUUAAAAAGAUAUAUGAAGAUAAUGUCAGAUACACUGAGAGGGAAGGUCAUGAGGCUUCUGGGCUAUAUAGCGAGGUCACUGAUGAUCAAGAAAAGAAAGAGCCAUCUCAAGCCUCUUCUGAAUCUACUGAUAGGAAGUUGUCUGAGGAGGAUACAAAACUGACAAGUUCACAAGUAAAAGCCUCGAGAGAUGAUAUAAUCAAGCACUUGUUGAAUCCAAUUAUGAUGUUGUUGAUGCAAUGA